UCAAUAUUCAACAUACCCGGAAGUGGGGCGGUACUGCUGUUUUGCUGUCGAGUCACCUCUGUCAGGAUGGAGGAAAACGAACUGCUAUCAUGCUGAACAACGACAGACUCCGACACCCUAGCAUCAUAAACACGUAAAGUCAGACAUAAGUCGUAGUUGGUUUUACACUGUUGUAUCGUUUCUGUAACGCUUUGCCAAAAUGAUGGAAGAAAUCGACCGGUUCCAAGUACCUCCAGUCAACGGAGAGACGCAGCCUUUGGACCCAGCAGCAUCCUCCACAUCAGAGGCCGACCCUGACGCCAAGGGAGAGACUGUGGCCAUGAACUAUAAGCCCUCACCUCUGCAAGUCCAAAUAGAGAAACAGAGGGACCUUGCUAGGAAAGGAUCAGUGAAGAAUGGCACUGUGGGAAGUCCUGUCAAUCAACAGCCCAAGAAGAAUGCCAGGACAAGGUUGGUGGUGCCAAACAAAGGAUACUCUUCUCUCGACCAGAGCCCAGAUGAAAAGCCCCUGGUAGCACUUGACACUGACAGUGAUGAUGAUUUCGACAUGUCCAGAUACUCCUCAUCAGGAUACUCCUCAGCCGAGGUGAGAUGUCUGAGGGACCAGCAGAUCAACCAGGACCUGAACAUCCAGCUCCUGAAGGACGGGUACCGGCUGGACGAGAUCCCAGACGAUGAAGACCUGGACCUGAUCCCCCCCAAAGCGGUCAACCCCACCUGCAUGUGCUGCCAGGCUGCUCCCUCCACAGCCUGUCAAAUCCAGUAGCACCAGUCCCUGCAUUUCAAAGUAAAAUCUCCCUUCAGCCACCUGCACUGAGGAUAACUACUGACCAGAGCAGCAGCACAGAGAAAAAAACUGUCGUUGGGCUAUGGCACAAAGGGAAAACAAGGGUUAUUAAAUGCUAAGAUAAGAAAAAGAAAGAGUCAAUAUGUACAGUAUCUGUGCACGUUCCUCCUAUGGUUGGAUCUGUGCAUAUUACUCCUGCAUGAUUGGAUGGGCGAUGACUCGGCUGAUGGCUGAAACAUUACCUCGAAGGAAAACAUGUUUCUUUUGCUCCUGUUUUCGUUUGACUUCCAUCUCAUGCUUGUACAUAUUUUGGUUUUCGAGGACCUUUUAAGGAUUGUGCACAGUCGUGGGAGAACAGAAACAAAAUGGAACAACAGAGACUCAACAAACACCUGAAAUUGUGACAGUGCGUCGUCCAUGGAAUCCACUGAUGGAUGUGAAGAGAAUGGGAGAUCUGAAGUGGCCAUUUUUUUUCUCUUCCGAUUUCCUUUCAGCCAGUCUGCUUCGUUCUCCUGUGUAAACGUGUCAAACAUGAAAAUAUUGAGUGUGCGUGUGUGUGUGUGUCUACAUGUCUGGAAGAGUAGUGCUAAAAUAUCAAGCUGCUGAUGAAAACACUGAUGCUUACUUACACCAAGAUAACAAUUCCAGAGUUCUUUUUUUGUAAAGUUUGUCUGUUACACAAAAGGUUGUACUGCUUAAUUGUUUUAUACUCAGUUCAAAGAAACUGAAACACCAAUAGUUCUGCAUGUUGCCUGUCUGUAUGAGCAGCCUGUGCAGAGAAUUUACUGUUUUUUAGUUAGACCUGAACACAUCCUUGUGCCGAUGACACAUUGUAUGAAGCGUGCUGUCAAAAACUGAGACAUAUUUAAGUUUACCGGCUGUAAUACCUGUAGAUAUAGAGGAACAGUUAUCAGAACUGAUGGCUGAACAGCUCCAAGGGUUGGUGUGUAACUCCUUUGUUUUAGUCCAUGUUAGCCCCGACAAGACUGGAUGUGAGAGAGGUCCCAAAACACAGUCACCACUGAAAAUGUGGUUACAAAAGACUGAAUAGGUAACUUCAAAAAAGUAUUGAAAGUUGUGCAGUUUUGUUCACAUAUUUGGACAUAACUGUAUGAGGAUUUUGAGGAAUGUUAAAAGAGUGAUUCCAUAUUGCCUGGAUGGAAAUGAAAUGGGAUUUAUUUUAUUGUAUUUUUUGUUGUGUUAUUUUUAAAAGAAAGUCUGCGUAUCAAGGAAACUCUCCUUUUUAAGUUGUGAUGUCACUGUUUGUUUGUUUUGUAUUGUUGUACAUUUGCUUUUUUUAAUUUGGGGACAAGAACUGUAAAUGUAGCACCGGACACAGCUGUGUAAUGUCAAUGCGCUAUGCCAAUGGAUGUUCUCCAUGCUGUGCAGAAUGGAGUAGUUGCUACUGUUUAUUUGUCAUGUUUACAUCACUUCAUCUCCAGAGCUCUCCAGACAUCACCUGAUAUCUAGAAAAUGUCAGAAGUUACUUGCAUUUAAAUGUUCAAUGCAACAAAUCACCUUAGAAAAUCCCCCCCCAAAACACAGCAACAGUGUCAAAGUGAACAACCUCCUCAUUCUGCACAGCCUGACCAACACUACACCAGAUUCACUUCCUUGUGAAAAACUAGCUGGAAAUGUGACUGCAGUUCUUGAAUAUGUGUGCACUUAACACUCUGGUGUAAGUUAUUCUCUGGUGGUUACAUUGCGAACAUCCUGUUGAGUCAUGUAUAGGGGGACUUGAUACCAGGAUGUGAAGUUUCAUCUGAUACUGUAGAAGACUCUCACUAUCUUUGAAGGCAUUCUGCAGUAUUUGUUGGACACUGUGUUAACCUUUCCUCACUGAUGUCUACGGAUUUUCUUUAGCACAUUCACAGCUUGGACGUUAUGGUACAAGAACACUAAAACAACCCUUUUCAUGUCAUUUACUGAAUGGACACAUCCGAAAUUAAAUGAAAGAACUCUAGGUGCAAAGUAAACUGAACUAAAUACUACAAAUGAGAAAACUUAACUCUGUUUGAUAACUUGUACAAGGGUAUCUCCUUAAUAUUCCUAAUACAGCCUCAAUGUUUCUUUAGCGUUGUAGUUACAGAAAUAAGCAAGCUUGGAAAAAAGACUUCUGAAAGCGGUGACAUGUGUGUAGAUAAAAAUGAAUUUCAUCCAGUAGGGAAAAUAACAAAGUGGUCAGGUAAUGUGUCUCCAAUGCGGCUACUCGCUGAUGUGUGUUGGACCAGUAGCUGUGUGUAUAGUUAACAUUAACUCAGAGGGACUAAAUGUGUGGUGGACUUUGGUGCUGAUUUGGGUUUACCAUCCUGCUAACAGAGCUACUUGUUGCAGUUGUCUUCUAUUGAGUGCACUACUUUUGGCCAAUGUCUUUGCACACAGGGAAUUGAAAGUAAUGCAUUGUAACAGAAGCUAUUUAUUUGCAGUUGUAUGUUUAAUUUAUUUUUUAAAGAAAGGGAAAUACUUAAUACACAGACUUACGCUUUUUUUGUUUUGUCAGGUGCUUAUUAUGAUGAUUGUGAACUGGUUCCAUUUAGAUUUUAACAGUGUUAAAGUUCUGUGUAUAGUGCAACAUAUCGGAAAAAUAAAUACUAGAUAUCAGAA